AUGGAUUUCCGUGUUCUAAUGCUUAUCCUGUUACUGGCGCUAACAGGUGAGUAAAUAUGCAAAUUACUUGUUGGAAUAAUGUAGAAAAAAACACGAGAAUCAAAAAGUAAAAAAUAAUUUAACAUCAUUUUAUCUUUUCUUUUGUACUCCAUCUCUCUGUCCUCAGUUUUCUUAUUUGCUCUCUCUCUUUCUGUCAGUCUCUUCCUCACUCCGUCCUUCCAACUGCUGAGGAAUACAAUUCCUAGUAUGCUUAGUGACCAGUUGAACUUGUUAUCAGUUAAGUCAGGAGACAGGCAUCCUAUGUCUCUAUAAAUCCCAAGGAUGGCAUCUCCUAAUAGGUACAUGAAUAGUGAAUAUUAAGUAAAGAAAAAUCAUCUAUGUGGUUAGAGGUUAGAUCAGGUUUGGCCAGCUGUUUUUUUCCAUAGACAUAGCAUGUAAUGAGAGAUAUUAGCAAUUAUAUUGAGGGUGGGCUAAACGGCCUUCAGCCCUCCUCAAAAGUAAAAUUCUUUAUUCAGUUUGUUAGUCAAUUAAUAGAUUAGCUACUAUCCGUUAGUCUUUUCAUUAGAUCUGAUCCAAUUCUUGAGAUAUUACUUAUUUUAUAGGGGGGCAGGGGAUGGGUGGGAGAAACAGCCAACAAUCUUUCAUGAUGAUUGAUUAAUAACCUCCCCCCCCACCUACUCCCCCACUACAAUUUGCUGAUAUUUUGAUUGUUAUAUAUUUGUUAGAUCAGUUCUGAUCAACUAGUCUUUUCAUUAGAUGUAACUCAGUUCCUAAAAUCUUAACUAUAUUAUGAGUGAUGCAAACCUCUGCAAAAAAAAAAAAACCUUUAAAAUAAAAACACUCAGAAUGAUAGAUUGCCGUUAGAUCAGAAUAAAUCAACUGUUUAUUUUGUUAGCUAUAUUAUUACUAAUCAUCUUUUGGGGGAGAUCCUGAAGACACCUAAACCCCCACCUAAACUUUGCUUAAAUUGUGAUUCAGUCUGGUAGAUCUUUGUUAGAUCAGGAAUGAUCAGACAGGUAUUUUGUUAGAUAGAACCUAAAUCCUAAAACAUUAAGAAUUUUGUUGGGAGCCUGAAGACAAAUUAGCACAAUUGUUAAUUCGUUUUGGUAGGUAUUUGUUAUAUCAGUUAGUUUCCAUUUGUAUCCAGUGUUUCUGUGUUUUAAAUGAUAUAUUUCCUUAUUUCAAUCUUACUACUGAUGCUAACGUGAGUAAAUGUGCUAAUUACUUGGAAGAUGUGGCAAAUAUCCAUAAAGUUAUGUAACGUUAAAAUACAAACCACUGUGAUCCAACUGAUAUAUUGGAUACGCUUGCUGUCUGGUAAUAUAAAGGAUAAUAGACAAAAUGCUCAGCAGUCUAAAUUGCUUGCGUAAUUGUAGAAUUAUUUUGUAAAAAAAACUAUCACUGUUAGUAAGUAAGAAUUUUAAGGCCAACAGAGGCUACUGCUUCCCCACCCUGCCAGAUAAGAGCUAACAAACGUUAUGUGUAUUAUAUUGGGAGAAUUUGUUGAAAGGAAUGGUAACUAAACAUUAAUUUAUUUGUAACUAAUAAUGUGUACAUAUGCAAGAUUUACAUCUUUUUGUCUUUCAAAAUCAGUUUGGAAUGCUUCUCUCUCGAUUCCAGUAAAGACGUGAUUCUAUACUUCCACUACUCCGGCCUCUGACUGGUUAAUAGAACUAUUAGAAGGAUUGUAUCAUUUUUAAUUACCCCACCCUACAUGCCAGCAGUGGGAUAGGAUAUAAAUAUAUUUUGAAUAAGAGAUCUGUCUCCAGUCCCCUCCAACUGCCUAGCAGCUGUGAGGGGACAUUAAAAUAACUAGCAACUAUGGCCAAUGGGAGGCACCUUUACAAGGUGACCACCCUUUACUUGUGCUGAGAGCAUGAGCUGACACUCAAAUCCUAUUCAUGCUGCCCAAUUUAACACUGGAAAAUAAAACAGUGCUUCUUCAAUUAAGUGGUUAUGGUGCCCGAUGUACUCUUUUAACCCCUUAAGGACCAAACUUCUGGAAUAAAAGGGAAUCAUGACAUGUCACAUAUGUCAUGUGUCCUUAAUGGGUUAAGAAUGUAGCAAAGAAGCAUAACCACAAAAAAACUGUUCAAUGUAUAAAAAGAAAGUGUUCAAUGUAUAUCUUAUAUCUGCAGGUUAUGGGCUGCAAGUGAUGGUUUCCAGUUACCCAGAACAAGCAUCUGUUGGAUCUUCUGUCCUUCUCCCCUGCGCAUUCCGUGUCAGAACACACCACGUGAAGAGCAGCUUAUUUACGGUCAUUUGGAAAUUUGGAGAAAAAAUUCUGUUGAAAUACAAUGAAAAUGACAAAGAGACGGUUUCAGAUCCAAGAGUGAGCUUGGACUGGCAGGCCGUUAGGAGAGGAGAAGUGUCUCUGUCUCUGCAUCAUGUCACCACUGCUGAUGAAGGAACAUACACAUGCAUGGUGAUCUACGGCAAUGAACACCAAGAAGGGAAGAUUAACUUAUAUGUUCAAGGUAACAAUAUGUUAAAUAAACAUCGAAUGAGUGUGGGAGCCAUUGGAAUCACAUUAUGUAUAGUAAACAUUUACCUGUAAAACCAGUAAUGAUCUCGCACAGAGCUGGAGAAUCUCAGAAAAAAAGAUAUUCCUCCCAGUAGACAUAGCCUUGCUUUUCACUGACUUUUAUAAGUCCUUAUAUAACCACUCCCCCCCAGGUACAACCCUACAAAAAACAGAAGCGGACGUAACCAAAGCCUUCCUAGAGAACCUCGGACUGCACAUGCUGUCCCCGGAAGAGACAGGACUCCUUAACUUGCACAUAACGGUAGACGAAUUUGACAGAGCUAUUUCAAGCCUUAACGGGAAUAAAGCCCCGGGCCAAAACGAAUUUGACAGCAGUUUUUAUAAAACCUUCCGGGAGGAACUACUACUUCAGUUAGCGACCCUUUUCAAAGACUUUCGGACAGGAGGCGUCCCGGACAGAGACAUGUCAUUGGCCAACAUAGUGUUGCUGCCAAAGACCGACAAGGACCCGUUAUGACCUGAAAGUUAUAAACCCAUCACGCUCAUCAAUCAUAGCGCUAAAAUAUUUGCAGAGAUCCUAGCAGACAGGCUGAACCCCAUUUUAGGUACAUUAAUAGAUGCGGACAAAGUUGGUUUCGUCCCGGGCAGACAACUCUUCGAAAAUACACGCAGGAACUAUGACAUUAUCUUGCGUCAGCACGCCACCAACACCUCUGGUAGUUUCCUUGGAUGCUGAAAAGGCAUUCGAUUGGGUCACGUGGCCCUAUCUUUUUACACCUUUUUAGGCUUCCUGGACACUUAUGUCAUUUCGAUCAAAGCCAUGUACCAUAACGUUACAGCACAAAUACGCAUCUCCGGAGCACCCCGCCCUUCCAUUUCACCAAUGGCACCAAGCAAGGGUGCCCACUUUCUCCCCUUUUGUUCGUAUAGCUCUUAGAGCCCCUGCUGCAAGCAUUAUGUAGACAUCCCGGGGUCAGGGGUGUGGAGGUGGGGGGUCACGAAUUCCUAGCCUCAGCAUACGCAGACGAUGUUCUGCUAACCCUAACGACACCCGUCGCCUCCAUAGGGCAGUAAGGGAGAUCCUCACACAAUUCGGACAGUUAUCGGGCUACAAAACAAAUAUGAACAAGUCUAGCGCCCUCCCGAUAGAAAUGUUCGAGGAGGACACGGCACUCAAACACAGGGAAUACGAACUUAGGAUAGUGGAACGAUCAAUCACGUAUUUGGGUAUACAACUGACGGCAGACCCCUCCAAACUAUAUGACUGUAAUUACCCCCCCUCUAACUAAAACACUCAUCAGGGAUAUGGAACAUUGGAUGGAUAAGCCUAUCUCAUGGAUGGGAAGAAUCCACUCCAUCAAAAUGAACAUACUCCCAGGAAUACUCUUCCUGUUCCAAGCCCUACCAAUAACAGUAACAAAAGCUAGCCUAACACACCUUCAAAAGGCGAUAGAUACAUUAAUAUGGCAAAAUAAAAGACACAGGGUAUUACACAACAUACUAUACUGUCCAAAAAGAAUGGGUGGCUUAGGCUUACCCAACCUAUGCCACUACUAGUUGGCAGCGCAACUUGCCCAAGUAGCCAUGUGGCACGUCCCACUAGAGGUGAGAAAAUGAAUCGACCUUGAGUCACUCCUCAUGGGCGCGGACCUCCCGCAAUAUGCCAUGUGGGUACCAAAGGAGUUCAGCCCCUUGACACGGACGGGUUGCCCAACCAUCCUUAACUUCCUGCGACUGUGGGAUCCCUCUGCCAAAAAAUAUGAUGCCCAUCGCCGCUCAUGCCCAACCUAAGUAACAGAGCCUUUACGCCAGAAAUGAUUGCACAAGACUUCAAACAUAUAGAACAGGCAGGGUUACAGAGAAUAUGCCAUAUACGGGACCAUCAUCCCCUUCGAUUCCCUCAAACAAAGAAAACACCUCACCCCUGCUGACAUCUUUAGGUACAUACAGAUUGCUGAUUUUGCCAAAUCACCACACAUUAGGAAAGCUGCACACGCAACCAUGACCUUCACCUAAGGGACUGAUCACCCUACCAUACGCCCAACUAUGUGCAGAAACUAAAGACUUGGGCGAACUGACUUACGCAGACCAGUGGGAACGGGAUCUAGGCAAAGUACUGGAAAGCAUAGAGUGGCAGAAAAUUGGGAGGCCUGUGCAUCCUCUUCCAUAUGUGUGUCCAUGCAAGAACAGUCCUUCGAAACAUUGUUUAAGUGGUACACCACCACGGUUAAACUACACCGCAUGCACAAAAUACCGACUGACUUGUGCUGGAGGAACUGUGGCCUCAGAGGAACCUACCUUCAUAUGUGGUGGGACUGCCCCAAAAUUAAGGCUUUCUGGGAGGAGGUGAGGGGCGUAGUGAGACAGGUAUUUCAUAGUCCACCACAUCUUGACCCAUGGAUAUACUUACCGAAUAGAUAUAUAGAGGGACGGCCAAAAAAAAUUACAAAAGCUAUUAAAUAAAAUCACAUUAGCGGCCCGGAGAGCAGUAGCUCAAAACGGGUUAAAAAUUGACGGCGGUAAAUGGGAAAAUAAAGGACAAUUACUGACUGCCAGGGUGUGGGGUUCCAAUCGAAAAUUUGAAGUAUGGGGUCUGUGAUUAGGAUUGGAGAGGGGCCGGGGGAUGCAUGUGCCCCCGUGCUGUGUACCUGGGGCUUUGGCCGCUCAUGCUCCCCCUCAUCCUCAUCCUCUCCUGGGUGUGACUCACUCUCUCUCUCUUUCUUUCUCUAUCCUUUCUUCUUCCUGUCCUAUAUCUUAUAUAGAACCUUUUCAUGCAUAGCUUACUCAUAAGCCAAACAUCAGCGACAUUUGCAUACAUAGGCAGUUAACAGGCAAACAAUCCACCUAUAAGGAUUCACACACCUGGGAUGCAGCCUGUACUGAUGGUCCACCACAGUAAGUCAGUCAUGCAGGUUAUAAUACAUGGCAAGACCACGAUACUAGACACCCAGAACACUGGAUGUUUUGCUUCAUUUAUUAUAAUGCCAUUGUAAAACCUUGACAGACUGAGCUAGCCAGCCACUUAUAUUUGAUGCAUUACAUGUUGUGAAAUAUUUUUUGCUAUCCUUACGUAUCACAUAUGCAACGCUCCAUGUUUAACAAAGCGGUUUGUACAUUGGCUUCAUAUUGUUAACGUAAUACAGUCUUUGUCAAUGCAAAAAUAAAGAAUAAAAAAAAAACAUAUAUAUAUAUAUUCCUACUCUGAUCAGUCAGCAAGCUUUAAGAGAGCACCAUGGAAAUGAUUUCCCAGAGCACUGUGUGUUUGCGUAAUAUAGAGCCAUCUAAUGCUUCGAUCUCCAGUCAGUGCGAGAUAAAUCGCCAGGGUUCUGAUUCAUUGUGCAGAAUAAGAGGGAAUAUGGGAGUCCUUCCAUAUCUGACCACCUUACACACACUGCAGCAGAACCCAGAAUGAAUUAGUCAACACAGAUAGCACAUACAGCCAGCACACAUAGCCAAUGUACUGGUCACGCACACGCAACUACAAUACAGUCAGCACACGUAUCUAACACACGUAGCCAAUGUACUGGUCACGCACACGCAACUACAAUACAGUCAGCACACGUAUCUAACACACAUAGCCAAUGUACUAGUCAAUCAAUAGAUUAGCUACUUCCCGUUAGUCUUUUCAUUAGAUCUGAUCCAAUUCUUGAGAUAUUACUUAUUUUAUACGGGGGAGGGGAUGGGAUGAGCUGGUCUUCUCAAAUAACAAAAACAGCCAACAAUCUUUCAAGAUGAUUGAUUCCCCCCCACCUUCUCCCCCACUACAAUUUGCUGAUAUUUUUAUUGUUAUAUAUGUGUUAGAUCAGUUCUGAUCAACUAGUCUUUUCAUUAGAUGUAACUCAGUUCCUGAAAUCUUAAAGGAACACUAUAGUCACCUUAAUUACUAGCUAAAUAAAGCGGGUUUAGUGUAUAGAUCAUUCCCCUGCAAUUUCACUGCUUAAUUCACUGUCAUUUAGGAGUUAAAUUGCGUUGUUUCUGUUUAUGCAACCCUAGCCACACCUCCCCUGGCUGUGAUUGACAGAGCCUGCAUGAAAAAAAACGUGUUUCACUUUCAAACAGAUGUAAUUUACCUUAAAUAAUUGUAUCUCACUCUCUAAAUUGAACUUUAAUCACAUACAGGAGGCUCUUGCAGGGUCUAGCAAGCUAUUAACAUAGCAGGGGAUAAGAAAAUCUUAAUUAAACAGAACUUGCAAUAAAAAAGCCUAAAUAGGGCUCUCUUUACAGGAAGUGUUUAUGGAAGGCUGUGCCAGUCACAUGCAGGGAGGUGUGACUAGGGUUCAUAAACAAAGGGAUUUAACUCCUAAAUGGCAGAGGAUUGAGCAGUGAGGCUGCAGGGGCAUGUUCUAUACACCAAAACUGCUUCAUUAAGCUAAAGUUGUUCAGGUGACUAUAGUGUCCCUUUAACUAUAUUAUGAGUGAUGCUGCCCAUUUCAAAUAAAAAAAAAAUACCUUUAAAAUAAAAACACUCAGAAUGAUAGAUUGCCGUUAGAUCAGAAUAAAUCAAGUGUUUAUUUUGUUAGCUAUAUUAUUACCAAUCAUUUUUGGGGGGAGAUCCUGAAGACACCUAAACCCCCACCUAAACUUUGCUUAAAUUGUGAUUCAGUCUGGUAGAUCUUUGUUAGAUCAGGAAUGAUCAGACAGGUAUUUUGUUAGAUAGAACCUAAAUCCUAAAACAUUAAGAAUUUUGUUGGGAGCCUGAAGACAAAUUAGCACAAUUGUUAACUUAUUUUGGUAGGUAUUUGUUAUAUCAGUUAAUUUCCAUUUAAAAUAUACCAUGUAAUAAGCUUAGACAACCAGUGUUUCUGUGGUCUAAAUGAUAUAUUUCCUUAUUUCAAUCUUACUACUGAUGCUAACGUGAGUAAAUGUGCUAAUUACUUGGAAGAUGUGGCAAAUAUCCAUAAAGUUAUGUAACGUUAAAAUGCAAACCACUGUGAUCCAACUGAUAUAUUGGAUACGCUUGCCUUCUGGUAAUAGAAAGGAUAAUAGACAGAGAUAAACAGUGCUUCUUCAAUGAAGUGGUUAUGGUGCCCGAUGUACUCUUUUAAGAAUGUAGCAAAAAAGCCCAACUUCACAAAAAAAACUGUUCAAUGUAUAAAAAGAUGGUGUUCAAUGUAUAUCUUAUAUCUGCAGGUUAUGGGCUGCAAGUGAUGGUUUCCAGUUACCCAGAACAAGCAUCUGUUGGAUCUUCUGUCCUUCUCCCCUGCGCAUUCCGUGUCAGAACACACCACGUGAAGAGCAGCCUACUUACGGUCAUUUGGAAAUUUGCAGAAAAAAUUCUGUUGAAAUACAAUGAAAAUGACAAAGAGACGUUUUCAGAUGCAAGAGUGAGCUUAGAAUGGCAGGCCGCUAGGAGAGGAGAAGUGCCUCUGUCUCUGCAUCAUGUCACCACCGCUGAUGAAGGAACAUACACAUGCAUGGUGAUCUACGGCAAUGAACACCAAGAAGGGAAGAUUAACUUAUAUGUUCAAGGUAACAAUAUGUAAUGAUCUCGCACAAAGCUGGAGAAUCUCAGAAAAAAAGAUAUUCCUACUCUGAUCAGUCAGCAAGCUUUAAGGGAUCUGAUUUCCCAGAGCACUGUGUGUGUGUGUAAUAUAGAGCCAUCUAAUGCUUCGAUCUUCAUUCUGUGCGAGAUAAAUCGCCAGGGUUCUGAUUCAUUGUGCAGAAUAAGAGGCAAUAUGGGAGUCCUUCCAUAUCUGACCACCUUACACACACUGCAGGAGAACCCAGAAUGAAUUAGUCAACACAAAUACCACAUACAGCCAGCACACAUAGCCAAUGUACAGGUCCAGCACAUGCAACUACAAUACAGUCAGCACAUGUAAUUACAAUACAGUCAGCACACGUAAUUACAAUACAGUCAGCACACGUAUCUAACACUUAUAGCCAGCACACAUAGUCAAUGUACUGGUCACGCACAUGCAACUACAAUACAGUCAGCACACGUAAUUACAAUACAGUCAGCACACGUAUCUAACACACAUAGCCAAUGUACUGGUCCAGCACACGCAACUACAAUACAGUUAGCACACGUAUCUAACACUCAUAGCCAGCACACAUAGCCAAUGUACUGGUCACGCACACGUAUCUACAAUACAGUCAGCACACGUAUCUAACACAUACAUAGCCAGCACACAUAGCUAGUGCAUGCAUUUAGUAUGCGUAUGCAGCAAAUGCACCUAGCACAUACAGCCAGCGUAUGCAUCUAGCACACAUAGCGAGCGCACGCAUCUAGCACACAGUCAAUGCACGCAUCUAGCACACAUAACCAGCGCAUGCAUCUAGCACACAUAUUCAAUGCACGCAUCUAGCACACAUAGCCAGUGCAUGCAUCUAGCACACGUAGCAAAUGCACGCAUCUAGCACACAAAGCGAGCGCAUGCAUCCGGGACACACAAGCUAUGUUUUUACAAAAACAGGUUUUGGUUCCUCUGAAGCAAUUUUACAACUCGUAUCUCCACGAAUGGUUUACAUUCCAAAAUGUACUGGACUAAAAACAGAUUAUAUGAUUUACUGACUCUGCUUUAUUUACAGGUCCGGUGCAGAUCUCUCCUCUCUUCGUUAUUGUCAUAUCUGGCGCUGUGAUAUUCCUUGCCAUAUUUGGUGCCAUAGGCGGGGCAAUUCUAUCUAACUACAGGAUAAAAUGUAAGAGACUGAUUUUACAAUUUCUCGUUUUCAGUACGUUGUCAAACAUCAGUUGGGAACUUGCCACCCAUAGGAUAUUCUGUCCAUAAAAACCGAUAUUCUGGGAAAACACCUAAUAUUAAAUGGCUAUGCAUAAUACCCCGUGUGUUUAAUUUCUUCAUGUAGUCAGAUGAAUUGCAAGUUGCUUAGUUUUAAAAAGUUAUCACAGAUAAAAGAAUGGAGGAAACUCAUGCAAUUAAAACAUAAGGGGUUUAGACAUUAAACCAGGCACUUUCUCUGUAAAUUAAUCACAAUAAUACUUAAAUGGUAACUUCCUCUGGUUAUUUUUCAGUUUGGCUUUUUCUUGGCAAUUCUCCUUAAACGAACACUCAACACACUUCAAUAUUCUGUAUUCUGUCAAUAGAAAUCGGCACUUUUAUAAUUGGGGGCAGAAACAGCACCCAGACUGUCAAUCAGGCAGCCAGGGAGGUCCACCCUCUGUCCCAAGUUCAUGCGUCUCAAUGUUGGUAUAGUUCGUAGACCAAUAAAAACUUGCUUUCCAACAAAAGAUAUCGGAUGGUCUAGACCAGGGGUGUCAAACAUGCGGCCCCCCAGAUGUUGCUGAACUACAACUCCAAUGAUUCCCUGGCUAUCUGUUUCAUUGAAAGAAUCAUGGGAGUUGUAGUUCAGCAACAUCUGGAGGGCCGCAUGUUUGACAACCCUGGUCUAGACAUAAGCGCAUCGUUUAAAGCAGGUAACGGGAUCCCUUUAUAAUGAAUGAAAUAACGGAUGUGAACUAUCGAAUGGUAAUGUGAAAUAAAUUAGCACCAUCAUUAAGGUUCUGAAUAUUGUUUUGUUUGUAACGCUUCUACAGUUUACACUGAGAAAGCACUGCUUACAAUUCAUUGUGACAGUUUACAGAUACAGCGACUUAAAUAAUUGCCACCGAAAAUAACAAACACAAGAGGUUUAAAACACAAAUGCAUCCUUACACUUAAAUAAUUUAGCUUCUGUUGCUUCUCAAUGUUGGUAUGUAUCCCAGUCAAAUAAAAACUUGCUUUCCUACCCGUUUAUUUGGCGAUUCUUACUUAUUUUGUGUUUUUCUUUUUUAGCCAAACCCCAGAUAUCGGUUGAUCUAGACAAGAACGCAGAUUCGAAAUCAGGUAAUGGGAUCCUCUUAUAAUGAAUGACAUAAUGAAAGUGAAAAAUCAAAUGGUAAAGUGAAAUGACUUUAGAUAAUCAGGGCCGCCAUAACGGUUGUCACGGGCCCGGCGGCCCUGGGGGGCCCGGCCCCCACAUGUGGGGCCCAUCGGGUGGCCCACACACUUAGGGCCACCCGAUGGGCCCUAUAUCUUCAGUGGCCCGGUCAGCGCUGUGGCCGCGACCGGGCCCCUUUAAAAAAAAAAAAAAAAACGCAAGUGCUGCUGGGAGGAAGCGGUCACUUCCUCCCAGCCCACUCCGCGCAGGAAGAGCGCGCGCGCCGGUGAAGAGGGAUCCGCGCCGACUCCCAUCAUCCCCAGCCACCCUCCUGCAAAGAAAAGGUAAGAGACAGGAGGGUGGCUGGAAAAUUAGUGUGUGUCUGUAUGUCUGUCUCUGUAUGUAUGUCUGUCUGCAUGUAUGUCUAUGUAUGUACGUAUGUAUGUCUGUGUGUGUCUGUAUGUAUGUAUGUGUAUGUCUGUCUGUAGGCAUGCAUGUAUGUCUGUCUCUGUAUGUAUAUCUGUCUCUGUAUGUAUAUCUGUCUGUCUGUAUGCAUGUAUGUCUCUGUAUGUAUGUAUGUAUGUGUAUGUCUGUAUGUAUGCAUGUAUGUAUGUCUGUCUGUAUGCAUGUCUGUCUGUCUGUAUGCAUGUUUGUCUGUAUGUCUGUGUAUGUAUGUGUAUGUCUGUAUGUCUGUCUGUAGGCAUGCAUGUAUGUCUAUGUAUGUAUGUAUGUCUGUCUGUGUAUGUAUGUCUGUCUGCAUGUAUGUCUAUGUAUGUAUGUAUGUAUGUCUGUGUGUGUCUGUAUGUAUGUGUAUGUAUGUAUGUGUAUGUAUGUAUGUGUAUGUCUGUAUGUCUGUCUGUAGGCAUGCAUGUAUGUCUGUCUCUGUAUGUAUAUCUGUCUCUGUAUGUAUAUCUGUCUGUCUGUAUGCAUGUAUGUCUCUGUAUGUAUGUAUGUAUGUAUGUGUAUGUCUGUAUGUAUGCAUGCAUGUAUGUCUAUGGAUGUAUGUAUGUCUGUAUGUAUGCAUGCAUGUAUGUAUGUCUGUCUGUAUGCAUGUAUGUCUGUAUGUAUGUGUAUGUCUGUAUGUCUGUCUGUAGACAUGCAUGUAUGUCUAUGUAUGUAUGUCUGUCUGUGUAUGUAUGUAUGUCUCUGUAUGUAUGUCUGUCUGCAUGUAUGUCUAUGUAUGUACGUAUGUAUGUCUGUGUGUGUCUGUAUGUAUGUCUGUGUGUAUGUCUAUGUCUGUCUGUCUGUCUGUAUGCAUGUAUGUCUAUGUCUGUAUGUCUGUGUAUGUAUGUAUGUAUGUAUGUAUGUAUGUGUAUGUCUGUAUGUCUGUCUGUAGGCAUGCAUGUAUGUCUGUCUCUGUAUGUAUAUCUGUCUGUCUGUAUGCAUGUAUGUCUCUGUAUGUCUGUAUGUAUGUCUGUAUGCAUGCAUGUAUGUCUAUGGAUGUAUGUAUGUCUGUAUGCAUGUAUGUAUGUCUGUCUGUAUGCAUGGCUGUCUGUCUGUAUGUAUGUAUGUCUAUGUCUGUCUGUCUGUAUGCAUGUAUGUCUGUGUAUGUAUGUGUAUGUCUGUAUGUCUGUCUGUAGGCAUGCAUGUAUGUCUAUGUAUGUCUGUCUGUCUGUCUCUGUAUGUAUAUCUGUCUGUCUGUAUGUAUGUCUAUGUAUGUAUGUCUGUAUGUAUGUAUGUCUGUGUGUAUGUCUAUGUUUGUCUGUCUGACUGUAUGCAUGCAUGUAUGUCUAUGUAUGUAUGUCUGUCUGUAUGUAUGUGUAUGUCUGUAUGCAUGCAUGUAUGUCUAUGGAUGUAUGUCUAUGGAUGUAUGUAUGUCUGUAUGCAUGUAUGUCUGUCUGUAUGUAUGUCUAUGUAUAUAUAUAUAUAUAUAUAUAUGUAUGUCUGUAUGUCAUUAUAUAUGUAUGUCUGUAUGUCAGUAUGAAUGUAUGCCUGCAUAUCAUUAUGAUAGUAUGUCUGUGUGUAUGUGUGUAUGGAUGUCUGUCAGUAUGUCUGUAUAUAUGUAUGUAUGUAUGUAUGUAUGUCUGUAUGCCAUUAUGAAUGUAUGUCUGUUUAUGUCUGUAUGCCAUUAUGAAUGUAUGUGUGUAUGGAUGACAGUGUCUGUAUGUCGGUCAGUAUGUCUGUGUGUGUGUAUGUAUGUAUGUAUGUAUGUCGGUGUCUGUAUGUAUGUGUCUUUAUGUCCUCAUGCAUGUGUGUCUGUAUGUAUGUUAGUAUGUGUCUGUCUGUCACUAUGUAUGCCUGUGUGUAUGUCUCAGUAUGUAUGCCUGUAUGCGUGUAUGUCUGUUUUAGUAUGUGUGUCUGUUAGUAUGUAUCUCUGUCUUUUUGUAUCAGUGUGUGUGUUUGUGUCUGUGUGUGUAUUCCUGUGGGCGGUAUUUGGAGGCGGACCCAGCGGGCGGUAUUUGGAGGCGGGCCCCAGGGGGCCCAGACCCUGAGCUGAGUUAGGGGCCCCAGAAUUUCUGGUGGCGGCCCUGUAAAUGAUCAUUGAGGUUCUGAACAUUGUCUUUUCUCCAUAUCAAUUGUUUGGUAAGUGUGGCUAUAGUGGUGACAGUCAGUAUCUGGCCCAGGCUGGGAUGGAUUCCAGCCAAAUAAAAACUUGCUUUCCUACCCGUUUAUUUGGCGAUUCUUACUUAUUUUGGUGUUUUUCUUUUUUAGCCAAAAGCCAGAUAUCGGUUGAUCUAGACAAGAACGCAGAUUCGAAAUCAGGUAAUGGGAUCCUCUUAUAAUGAAUGACAUAAUGAAAGUGAAAAAUCAAAUGGUAAAGUGAAAUGACUUUAGAUGAUCAUUGAGGUUCUGAACAUUGUCUUUUCUCCAUAUCGAUUGUUUGGUAAGUGUGGCUAUAGUGGUGACAGCCAGUAUCUGGCCCAGGCUGGGUUGGAUUCCAGCCAAAUAAAAAUUUGCUUUCCUACUCGUUGAUACCUACUUACUCAACACUUUUAUUUUCCAGUAAACCACCAGGUAUCGGAGGACCUAGAAGAGAAGGAGGUGUCUAAAUCAGGUAACGGGAUCCUCUUAUGUUUUGACACAAGGGAUGUGAAAAAACCAAUGGUAAAGUGAAAUACAUUUAUUGUGAGUGACAAUUAUCAGAUAAAGCGACAGAGAAACUACCAAAUUUAAACAGAGGCUUAAAACACAAAGAGACACACAUCUUUACACUUUAGUAAUUUAUUAUCAGAUAGUACUACUUUUUAUAAAGCACCAACAUUAUCUGCAUCAUUGUACAGUGGGGGAACAUAGUAUAGGCCUAGGGCUAUAACUGGGCCAUGCUGGCAUAAAAAGCCCCUGACAUUCGUGUGGGGAUCCCUCCCCUGGGUUCUGGCCCCAUUGGGAUUCCACUAGACUCGUGGCCUCUUACAGAGAUCCACAGCCUCACUGGGAGCCAAUAGAACUGAAUAUCUAACUGGGUCCCAUGUCGGGAAACCUAGUCUGACUGUGUGUGCGUGUAUGAGGAUCACUCUAUGUAUGUCAACAUGCAUGAGUGUGAUCGCAUCUAGUUUGUGUAAAAACACAAAACAUAUUACUUUCACAUGACUGAAUAUUCACUAUAGCUCUGUUUUUUGUAUAUUUCGAAGCAACUUCUAUUUAAUCUCUUUGUGUUACAGACAAAUGUCAGGGACCCGUAGUGGAAGAUAUCGUAGUACCACGUUUCCUACACGGUACUGAGGCCACUCUUCAAUGCACAGUUAGAGGCUUAUUGUUUCCUAAUUUCCUGAAAAUGGAUUGGGUGAGAAAACCACCUCCUGGCUUGGAAGACUACCCUGCGGAUCCCGAAGGAAAAUAUCGGGAACCAAAGAUAGACGUGUCUUUACAGGAAGAUCACACAUUCACCUGUACAGCCCGUCUAAUAAUAUUUGUCACGUCAGCAACUGAAGAUUGUGCAGAGUAUGUAUGCCGGGUAACACAUCCUAGUCUAGAGAGUCCCCAGGAGAGAAGGACAGGGAAGAUUCACGUGACAGGUGAGUUUUAUGUCUCCAUCACUGUAACUGAGCUCCGGUACACAGCUAGAGUAUCUCCACUAGUCGGCCUAUAUAAUCCCAGCGCACGCUCAAGCAGUGUUUGUUUUUUUGUAAGUGCCUUGCUUUGGACUCCUGGUAUCCUGUGCAUUCUCCUGUAUGUUUCCCUCUGGUAA